AUGCAAACAAGCCGCCGAGGCUCCACCUCCUCGGAGUCACGCUUUACGACCCGACGUCGUGAAAGGUCGGGGCGAGGCCGUAGGUCGGCGGCGGAAGCGGGCGUCGUGCUUGGCGGCGGGACCAGCUCGCGGCCCCGGGGUGCCCCGCGCCCGGGUGCGCCCUGGGGUGUCCCCGCGCUGGUGUCGCGUCCGCUGACUCGGCUGCCGGGACCGCUUUUGAGUCCGCGGCCGUCAGCCUCGGGGCGGGCGGCGCUUCCUGCUCCCGCGGGCGGGGCCUCCGCCGCCGCCCUCCCGCCACUUCCGGCCUCCGCGCCCCGGAGGGUCCCCGCCGCGCCCCUCGCCCCUGGCCCCUCGGGGGUCGGCCGCAUGGAGCCCGGAGGCGCCGGGGACCCGCGCCCCGCGCCCCCGCGGGCCCUGGCGCGCGUCCUGCAGCGGCUCGCGGGCCCCGACGGCGGCCGGGCGCUUUGCGAGCUGGGCGCGCUGCUGGACGGCGCCGACGGCGCGCGCCUGUGCGAGGACCCCGCGCUGCUGGGCCGCGUGGCCGGGGCGCUGGCCCGGGCCGCGGCGCCCCCCGCCGGCUCCGCGCGCGCCGAGGCCGUGGGCGCGCUCUUCCUGCGGCUGCUGGACGCGACGGGGGCCGCGGGCCGGGCGCGCGUGGCCGGCGCCGCCUACGUGUUCGCCGUGAGCCACGCGGAUGACGGGGGCGGCCCCGGGGCGGCGCGGGACGUGGCCCGCCGGGUGCUGGCGCGGCUGCUGAGCGCCGCGGGCGCCGCCUCGGUGCCGGGGCUGCUGGUGGGCGAGGGCGACGGGGACCCGGGGACGCUGCCCGCGGUGCUGGCGCUGCUGCAGCCCGAGCUGGGCAGAGAAUCCUGGAAGAAGAACCCUGCCACCAAACAUGUUUUCUCGUGGACCCUGCAGCAGGUCACACGACCCUGGCUGGGUCAGUAUCUGGAAAAGGUCCUUCCUCCAGCAUUGCUCAUCUCAGACGACUAUCAAACAGAGAACAAGAUCCUGGGUGUACAGUGCCUCCAUCACAUUCUGCUCAAUGUGCCAGCCGCUGAGUUGCUCCAGUAUAACAGGGCCCAGGUCGUGUACCAUGCCCUUUUCAACCACCUGUACACACCAGAGCACCAACUCAUUGAGGUCGUGCUUCCGUGUCUGCUGGAUUUGUUUCCCAUCCUGGAGAAAGGCCAGCACUGGAAGGGAGGUCCAGCGCGGCCCACCACACACUGUGAUGAGGUGCUGCAGCUGGUGCUGACCCACAUGGAGCCAGAGCAUCGCCUGAUCUUACGCAGGACUUACGCAAGAAGCCUGCCGGCCUUUGUGAAGAGAUUGGGGAUCCUAACUGUCCGGCACUUGAAGAGGCUGGAGCGAGUCAUCAUUGGUUAUCUGGAAGUUUAUGAUGGACCAGAGGAGGAGGCUCGAUUGAAGAUGUUGGAAACCCUAAAACUCCUCAUGCAGUGUACAUGGCCCAGAAUUCCUUGUCGAACUGUGGUUUUAUUGAAGGCUCUCUUGAAACUGAUCUGUGAUGUCGCCAGGGAUCCCGACCUCACACCUAAGCCUGUGAAGAAUGCCUUGUUGGAGGCGGCCACAGACUGCCUGAUUGUCCUGGACCACUGCUCGAAAGGGCAGGUGAAGGGUCUCCUGGCCAAAAUUGUCCAAAGCUGUGAUGAUGACACGGUGGUAAGCUGUAUCAGGAAAGUGCAGGUUUCUGACGGCACUCCCGACAGCAGAACCUAAGAUCUGUAUUAUUUUCCUGAAGAGGAUUUUCCUAUUCCAAUUACAUAAACGAAAUCUCUUAAGGACAAGAGCGUCUGACGAGUCACUGUCUGCCUCCUGCUGCUCCAGGGCCUUGUCGAAGGCGUGAAUGGGGAAGUUGUAGAUGUCUCCAUACUGAGGAAACAGAGAUGGGCUUCAGCUACACUGGAACCUUAGACAUAGAGUCUACAAUCUGACAAGCACCUUUUCUUCAAUUGAAUUCUCAAUUUGAUGAUAUGUCUCUAUUAUCCAGCUGAGAGCUAUCUGUGAAACUUAAUUCUGAUAUUUAAAUAACGGAUGGUUAAUAUCAAACUGGUAGUUACUGUGAAGGAAGGAAUCAGAUUACUUAAAAUUGAGUUGUCAAUGAAAACCACAGACUGGAAUAACUAAUUUUAUAGUAAGAAAAAAGUAUUCAUGUUGUCUCUGUAAAUGACACUGACUUUUAAAAUAAAAAGUGAUUUUACACUUCAAAGACCGUGGUCUUUUAAACUUCAAACAA